AUUUGACACAGUAGUGUAAACAUGGCGAGCCUAGCAGAUGUCGGCUGGAAACUCCUGGAAUUCAAAGCCCGAGCAAAAAGAUCAGAUUUGUGAUUUAGCUGAGGGAGACGAUUGGCCUUAAUUUCACCUUUUGAGAAUGGCCGCUUCAGUGGCUGCGAAUGCCCGGCCUCGUCGGGACUUUGAGAGACUUGGUUCCAUCUAUGAACCUCUCAAGCUGUCCACUCUCCAGCGUGACGAUGAGCCUCUAUGGGAGAAGCUGGACCGCUACUACGAUGCCGUCAAGACAACCAUUCUGAACUACCAGAGUCCCACCACCGGCCUUUUCCCUGUCAAAACAUGCUCCACCUGCAAGGAGGCCAAGGUCCGGGACUCCCUCUACUGUGCUGCCAGCGCCUGGGCCCUGGCUAUGGCCUACCGACGCAUUGAUGACGAUAUGGGGCGAACCCAUGAAUUGGAGCAUUCUGCCAUCAAGUGCAUGAGAGGGAUCCUCUACUGCUACAUGAGGCAGGCUGAUAAGGUGGAGCAGUUUAAACAAGAUCCCAGCCCCUCCAAGUGUCUGCACUCUGUGUUUAACGUAGACACCGGUGACGAGGUUCACUCCUACGCUGACUACCACCACCUGCAGAUCGAUGCCGUUUCUCUGUUUCUGCUGUACCUGGUGGAGAUGAUCUGCUCUGGUCUGCAGAUCAUUUACAACACAGAUGAGGUUUCCUUCAUCCAGAACCUGGUGUUCUGUGUGGAAAGGGCCUACAGGGUGCCUGACUACGGCAUGUGGGAGAGAGGCAGCAAAUACAACAACGGCAGCACUGAGCUGCAUUCCAGCUCUGUGGGCCUGGCUAAAGCUGCUCUGGAGGCCAUCAAUGGAUUCAACCUGUUUGGAAACCAGGGCUGUUCCUGGUCGGUGAUAUUUGUGGAUCUGGACGCCCACAACAGGAACAGACAAACGCUGUGCUCCCUACUGCCCCGAGAGUCUCGCUCACAUAACACAGAUGCAGCCUUGCUUCCAACCAUCAGCUAUCCUGCGUUUGCAGUAGAUGACGAUGCCCUCUACAGUCAGACGCUGGACAAGAUUGUCCGCAAGCUGCGGGGCAAAUACGGCUUCAAACGUUUCCUCCGUGAUGGCUACCGCACCACUAACGAAGACAAGAAUCGCCGCUUCUACAAACCUGCUGAAAUGAAGCUUUUUGAUGGAAUCGAGUGCGAGUUUCCCAUAUUUUUCAUCCACAUGAUGAUUGACGGGGUGUUCAGAGGAAAUAAAGCUCAGGUCAAAGAAUACCAGGACCUCCUUCAACCCAUCAUCUUCCUGUCUAAUGAGGGCCAUGCUGUGAUCCCCAAAUACUACUAUGUACCGGCUGACUUUGUGGAAGCGGAGCAGAACAAGCAUGGAAGCCAGAAGCGUUUCCCUAGCAACUCUGGCCGUGAUGGGAUGUUCUUCCUGUGUGGUCAGGCCCUUUACAACAUCGCCAUGCUGCUGGUGGAUGAGCUGAUCAGCCCUAAAGAUAUUGAUCCCGUCCACCGGUACGUUCCCUACCAGGAUCAGCGCAACGUCAGCAUGCGAUACUCCAAUCAGGGUCCCAUAGACAAUGAUGUUGUGAUUCAUGUGGCCCUGAUUGCAGAGAGCCAGAGACUUCAGGUGUUUUUGAACACCUAUGGCAUUCAGACCCAGACGCCCCAGCAGGUGGAGCCCAUCCAGAUCUGGCCUCAGAAGGAACUGGUCAAGGCAUACCGUUUCCUUGCCAUCAAUAAGAAGCUGGGGUUGAGUGGGCGUCCAGAGAGGCCAGUGGGCUGCAUCGGCACAUGCAAGAUUUAUCGUAUCCUGGGCAAGACGGUGGUGUGCUACCCAAUAGUGUUUGAUCUAAGUGACUUUUACUUGUCCCAAGAUGUCAUGCUGCUGAUUGAUGACAUUAAGAACGCCCUGCAGUUCAUCAAACAGUGCUGGAAGAUGCAGGGACGUCCUCUCUUCCUGGUUCUCAUUCGCGAGGAUAACAUCAAGGGGAGCCGCUUCAACCCAGUCCUGGACAUGCUGGCCUCGUUCAAGAAAGGCAACAUCGGAGGGGUCAAAGUUCAUGUCGACAGACUUCAGACGCUGAUAUCUGGAGCAGUGGUGGAGCAGUUGGACUUCCUGCGUGUCAACGAGGCGGAGAUCCCUGAGUUUAAGAGCUUUGAGGAGCUGGAGCUGCCGAAGCACUCCAAGGUAAAGAGACAGACAAGCACGCCCAACGCCUCCGACCUGGAGCAGCAGCCAGAGAUCAAUGUGGACGAGUGGCUGCAGAAGCCCACCAAUGAGAUCAUCCAGAAGUUCCACGACUGCGACUGCUUGGCCAGUCAGGCUCAGCUUGCAGCCAUCCUUCUUAGGAGGGAAGGACCAGACUUCCUUGCCAAAGAUGAGAACCUGAGGGAUGAACUGGAGAGACUUUACAGAAGAGCUGGCAGCAGAAAGCUUUGGUCUGUUGUCCGUCUUGCUGCCAGUCUCUUAACUAAGAUAGUGGACAGCCUUGCCCCCAGUAUUACUAGUGUUUUAGUGCAUGGCAAGCAGGUGACCCUCGGCCUAUUCGGGCAAGAGGAGGAGGUGAUCUCCAACCCGCUGUCGCCAGGGGUGAUCCAGGGCAUCAUCUACAGCAAGUGCUCCCCUCAGGGUGGGGAGCGGGAGGCCGUUCUGCAGCAGGAGCUGGUCAUCCAUAUCGGAUGGAUUAUCUCCAACACCCCGGAGCUGUUCAGCGGCAUGCUCAAGAUCAGAGUCGGAUGGAUUGUCCAGGCCAUGAAACAUGAGCUGAAGAUCCGGGCGGGAGACAUGCCCCCCCAGGACAUCUACCAGCUGUCCCCCAGCGACAUCAAGCAGCUCCUGCUGGACGUCCUGCAGCCACAACACACCGGCAGGUCUUGGCUGAACAGGCGUCAGAUCGAUGGCUCUCUGAACAGAACCCCUCUGGGCUUUCAUGAUCGUGUGUGGCAGAUCCUGGAGAGGACCCCCAACGGUUUUACGGUGGCUGGGACUUACCUCCCACAGCAACCGACACUGUCUGACAUGACCAUGUAUGAGAUGAACUUCUCCCUGCUGGUGGAGGACACGCUGAAGAAAAUCGUCCUGCCUGAGUACAGACAAAUCAUAGUAGAGCUGCUGAUGGUGGUGUCCAUCGUGCUGGAGAGAAACCCGGAGCUGGAGUUCAGCGACAAGGUGGAUCUGGACGAUCUGGUCAAGCAAGCCUUUAAUGAUUUCCAGAGGGAUCGCAGCCGCUUGGAAGGCAUAGAGAAACAGGAUGGCAUGGAGGCAUUCUACAACACCCCACCGCUGGGAAAGAGAGGCACCUCCAGCUACCUGACCAAGGCUGUUAUGAUCCUUAUGCUGCAGGGGGAUGUCAAGCCCUGCAAGGACGACCCGUGCUCUGUUAGCUAGAUUUACAACGCUUUGACCCCUAAGCCGGGCCUGCUGCAGUGUAGUCUUUAAAUGGUCCGGCAAGGUCUACUGAGUAUCCAUCACAUGUAUUCAGAAGAUAACCUCUAACCUCUGCUAUCCUCCCUGCAGCAGGACUCUGCCCACUCCUGAAAGCUACAUUUCCCCUGUCCUUUGCCCUUAACAGCUACAGAAGCUGUAAGCAGAAGCCUCGGUUGGUGUAGAUGAGCAUGUCUGCAGUUUGCUCCAGUCGUUAACCCUCGUGUUGUCUUCCCGUAGACCGAGAACUUGUUGUCCUUCUGGGUCAAAAUUGCAAAUUAACUUUUUUUGGCUCUUUUUCCAACGUUCUUUGACGCUUUUUGAAACGUUUUUGUCACUUUUUUCAACGCUUUUUUAAAUACAUGGUCAAUAAAAAUAAUUUAAAUGACAUAAUAUCUAUUUUUUUUGUAGAAAUUGUGGAUUAUUUUGACUAAUAGUUAAGAUCUGAGGAUGUUGCGUGGAUCACAGUUUAUUUCAAAUGAUAUAAAAUUGAAAGAAAAAAAAAAAACACAAUUCAAUGAAAGUAAUCAUUCAUUUUACCUGCCAAGAAUGGCUUCCAUACAACGUAUAUCCACGCAUUCAUGUUAUUUUGGGGCAAUUUGAUUCAAAGAAACCCAUAAUUCUGAUAUAAAAAUGGGUCAAAUUUGACCCAAGGACAACACAAGGGUUAAAAUACAUCCAAAAUACAUGUUUAAUAUGUUAAGAUUUGGGGGAAAUACUCAUUAUCAUCAGGUCCUUGUUGAUUUUUCCUCUACACAUUUUUGUGCAGUAUCCUAACUGUGCUUUUAAUAGAGUCACCGUGAUUUGCUCUAGUUAUUUUUAGUUUUUACCAUUGGUGGCUAGUCAUGUCAGACGACACAUAACUAGCUAAUCACAUACCGUAACUAGCGAGCUGUGCGGUUAUCCUUUACCUUGAUGCUGUAGAUUAGCAUGUCUGCACUUUGUUCCAAGGGUUAAUAUACUGUAUGUCCACCAGUUGUGCUUAACUCACUACCACCUAUAGAACCUUGCCCAUCUUGUUGUUGCCAGAGUUCAGUCUCCCAGCUGUGUAGUGUAUUCAAACUCAAAAGUGUUGUUCAUUUCCACAGCUGGCUAGCUAUGUUAAAAUGGCACCCAGCACCUAUCUACUGUUAUCCUGCCAUUUCUCCAAAAAUACUUAUUUUCUUAAAAAAAAUAUUCGAAAUAAAACUAAUUGAAGAAACAAAUUACACUGGUGAUAAUAGUUUGGGGUUAGCUUAUUUUAGCUUAGCAUAAACAUUGAAAACGGGGGGGAAGCUAACCUGGCUCUGUGCAAAGGUAAAAUGUUAUGCUAAAUUAAGCUAAGCUAACAGGCUGCUGGCUGUAGCUUAAUUUUUAGCAUGCAGACUUGAGAGCUGUGUUAAUCUUCUCAUCUCAUGCUCUGUAACAAAGCAAAUCAGCAUAUAUAUAUAUAUA